UGUACCGUAAACCACAUCAGCGAUAUUGUGACUUGUUGAAACUGAUAUCUGCGAAAUUAUGUGGAAGUGUAAUUUAACAGUAGUUCUUAUUCUUGUCGUCUGCAAGGCAAUCUGUGAUGGAAGGAAGGAUAUUCAGAAUGAUCACAAACACUGGAAGGCAGAUAUCGACGGUGGGAGAUUGAUGGAUUCAGUUGUUAAGGCGUGUCCAAGGGUUGUAACCCGUGAAGAGUGGGGUGCUAGACUGGCCAAGGAUAGGUCAGACAUGGCAACUCCGGUUCCCUUUGUGAUAUUACAUCACACCUAUAUGCCAGAAUGUUUUACCUUUGACGAAUGCUGUAAGAUGAUGCGAUCCAUACAGGAUUUCCACAUGGACGUCAGGGGAUGGGACGACAUCGCAUAUUCCUUCCUGGUCGGCGAAGACGGUUUGGUAUACAGAGGUCGAGGAUGGGACACCGUGGGUAGUCAUGCACCCUGGUAUAACUUCAGAUCAUUAGGCAUAUCUAUCAUGGGGAAUUUUACAACGAAGCUUCCGAACCAGAAGGCAAUAGAAGCUGUCGAUGAAAUCAUUAACUGUGCCAUUGUAAACAAUAAACUCAAGUCUGACUACAUUCUCUAUGGUCAUCGCCAAGCUACUCCAAACAGGACCUGCCCAGGCCAGGCUCUUUUUGACAUGAUCCAAACUUGGCCUCACUGGAAACCCGGAGACCAUUUUCCACCAAAGCAGUGACAGACAAAAAAAAAUACAACUUCUUAUUAGGCUUAGGUCAUCGUGUUCACUUCCGUAACGACGAUCAGACUAUUUAAUAAUCAAAGAACAUAAAGAAUUUCUUUCUUAUGUAUUUUCUCCAGAAACUUAACGCUUCUCUCCUUUAGCAAAUUAUGACUGAUAUCAAUAGAAAAAUUAUAUUUUGCAAACUGUACACUUCGUGAGAGUAUGCCUGAGUAUUUUUUUUACUGAUAUUUAUUGACUUUCAAUAAGAAAAUUGUAAAUAAAACCAUCCUACGCAGACAUCGGAAAUCAUUUGAAAUUUUUAGUUAUUAACACUUUAAAAAUAAAUCACAGAGUCAUACUUAGUGCAAUAGGAGUUUAUAAAAAAUAUAAUAAUAAUAGCUUGAUUUAUAUAGCAUUUUUAUCAAUUCUGUUUUAUCUCCAUGGUACUUGAAUUCAAUUUAAAGAAAAUAUACAAAUAGGCCUUUUUAUAAAGAAUUAUGACAAAUAACAAUAAGAUAUUACUGUUUGACUCAAAGCUGCACCAAAUAAAACCAACAACUUUCGCUUUUAAAUGCACUAUUUAAAACAAAAUUUACGGAAAUAUGAUAUAGCUAUGUAAUGAAUAAGGUUUUAUAUGAAAUUUUGCUAUACUACAUAUAUAAUACGAGUUGAUGAAUAUAUAUAUUUUUUUUUACUUUUCAGUGAAUACAUAUUCUGUCAAUUUUUUAAUAUAGUAAUUCGUAAAAUUUAAAACUGAUUAUGUUUGCGUAAUGUCAAAACUGUCAAAAUAAAAAAUCAAAUUAAAACAAUUUUAUUCUC